AUGAGUGGGAGACCCCUGAGAAGAGAGAAGAGAGGAUGGGUGUGGAACCAGUUCUUUGUGCUUGAAGAGUACGCCGAGGAUACACCACUCUACGUCGGAAAGCUUCACUCAGAUUUGGAUAAUGGAGAUGGAGCUGUUAAAUAUAUUCUAUCAGGAGAAGGUGCAGGAACCACGUUCACACUGGAUGAAAGCACCGGUGAUAUCCACGCUGUACAGAGGCUGGACCGUGAGAUGAAAGAUCACUACAUCCUGCGUGCUCAGGUAACUCACCGCCACACAGGCCAGGCGCUCGAACCCGAGUCACGCUUCAUCGUCAAGAUCCAGGAUAUUAAUGACAACGAGCCCAAAUUCCCAGAUGGACCCUACAAGGCCACCGUACCUGAGAUGUCUCCUGUUGGAACAUCUGUGAUUCGGGUGACGGCGACGGACGCUGAUGACCCGUCGUACGGUAACAGCGCUCGAGUGGUGUACAGUGUUGUGAAGGGACAGCCGUAUUUCUCUGUGGAUCGACACACAGGUGAGGUGCGAGUGUCAUUGCCGGACAUGGAUCGAGAGGUCAAGGGUCAAUACGAGGUGGUAAUUGAGGCUAAAGACAUGGCAGGUCAGCUGGGAGGUUUGACAACAUCGACAACCGUCAACGUCACUCUGAGCGACGUCAAUGACAACCCUCCCCGCUUCGCUCACAAGGUGUAUCAAAUGAGCAUCCCAGAAUCCGCUCCGGUCGGCUCCGUCGUGGGUCACGUCGAAGCUCGGGAUCAGGAUCUGGGUAUCAAUGCGGAGACGCGCUACAGAGUGAUCGACGGAAAAGGACGAGACGCGUUCGACGUCGGCGCCGACUCCACCAACACCUAUGGCGUUAUCACUGUCAAACAGCGUCUGGACUACGAGACGGCACAUAGCUACGCCAUUAAAGUGGAGGCUGCGAACAUGCACGUGGACAAGCACUUCUCGGUAAACGGCCCAUUCAGCGAUAUCACAAUGGUGAUGGUGAACAUUGAGGACGUGGACGAGCCACCGCAGUUCGGCUCCACGCUUUAUUACGCCGAGGUCGAAGACGCUGAAAUCGGCACCGCGCUGGUCACCGUUUCGGCACGUGACCCAGACGCCGCUAACAACUCGAUACGGUACAUGAUUGAUCGUGCCAGUGAUCCAGAUCAGUAUUUCUCAGUGGGCGUGGUCAGUGGUUCUCUCAUGACUGUCCUUCGUCUAGACAGAGAGAACAUCGGCUGGCAUAAUCUCACUGUGAUUGCUAUGGAAACAGAUAACCCACUAAAAACAGCGAGUGUGUCUGUGGCUAUAAGAGUUCUAGACGUCAACGAUAAUCCACCAAUAGCGGAUCAUCCCGAAGCUUUCCUGUGUAACAGCGCAAGAGCAGGACAGCUGGUCCAAUCGAUAAGAGCAGUGGAUGCGGACGAGCCGAUUGGAGGGCAGCAUUUCCGUUACUCGCUCGCUCCGGAAGUGCGGACAAAUCCCAACUUCACCCUCAUAGAUAACCACGAUAACUCUGCGAGGGUCCUGACGCGGCGGGGCAGCUGGGUGGCGCAGAGUGUGUACCACCUUCCCAUCACCGUGUCUGAUGGAGGAGAGCCGGUCUUGUCCAGCACACACACCUUGACGAUCCGAGUGUGUGAGUGUGACGCAGAUGUCUCAUCCUGCCGCAACGCUGAACCUCACAUACUCCCAGCUAACCUGAGCAUGGCAGCGCUAACCACCAUGCUGGCCUGCGGCUCCGUCGUGCUCGCACUGUUUGUUCUCAUACUGCUUGUAAGCAGUGGCACUAAAAAGCCUUUCCUCAGCAGCGAGGAAGAAAACGUGCGAGAAAACAUUGUUCAUUACGAUGACGAAGGCGGCGGGGAGGAAGACACGGUAGCCUUCGACAUGACCAAACUGUGGAAGACACACACAGAAACACUAAGCUAUGCUGAACUGGUGUUUAACGGCACUAAGCGGCGACAUGCUAACGACAAGGACAUAAAACCUAACUUUUUGCUACGACAGGAAAAGCAGCCCGAGAUCCCAAGCCUGUCUUGCUACGUGACUCAGAAGGAUGCUAAGAAAACCAGCGCUAAUGCUAACACCAGUAACAUUUACAGUUGCAUGCUAGCAAAGCUUUGCGAAGCGGAUUUGGAUGUCGGCGCAGCGGCGUACGAUUCGCUCCAGACGUUCGCCUAUGAAGGGAAGGGCUCCGUCGCCGAGUCGCUCAGCUCGCUGCAAUCUAACGACGAUCUAGAGCUUGAUUACGAUUAUUUAGAUGAGUGGGGGCCAAGGUUUCACACACUCGCGGAGCUUUACGGAAGAAGCCAGAGUAACGUUUAAGAGAAAGUUUGGUGUUGCUAUGGCGAAACAGCAAAUAAUAACUACAUUACUGAGAUUCAGAAACAGUAGCACCAAUUCAAUCGAUUUAUUGAUUUAUUUGAAGAUUCACGUUAGAUGUUACCAUUAUGUGAUCAGCUUAAACAAUUCAUCAUUAAGUUCGAAAAUUCACCAGAACUUGAUUUUGGAAUAUAAAACGAAUCAAGAUCGAUCUAGCUUUAGGAGGAAAAUAGAAUUGAAAUGGUUAGCUAUAAGAAUUUUGAUCGUUAGCCUUGAUGAAAAAAGUUGAUCUGGAGAAAGACUGUCUUUGUAUUUAUUGAUUUUUUUAAGUUUGAAUAAAUUAUUUGUUCGUAAACAUUUUCUUAGCCGCACCGUGAGACUUAACGAUGUUACAAGGCGUGUAGCUAUGGUUUAUUCCUGUAUAGCGAGCGGUUGAUAUUCAACUCGUUACAGGUUCUUAGCGUUUAGCCUGAGGUUAGCGUC